AAAUCUAAGUCAGUUGGUCCAGUUAUCGAUUCUUUUUUCUCCGUAAUUUCGUUUUUUUGGGGCGAAUCUUCGUCUGUUUUACGUGCACGUUUAGCUAAAUCACUCAAAUUCAUCCAUUCGACAUCGGUUUGCAUUAUUUCUCUGUUAAGAGCAGUACUGUAUUUGGCUAUUUUGCCUUUCAUCUUCAAUAGGUCCACAAAUUCUUUCCUCGUUUGUUCGUACAAACUCAUUUUGCGAGGUUAUGGCAGCAAGGAAAAUAAAUUCGUAUUAAAAUACAUUUUCCGUAACCUAGCACAAGUAAGGUCGUAUUGUGUAAAUGUAGCAAGAACAAGAUAUCUGUUUGUUGUUAAUUUAAUAUGUUUUAUUUCCGUUUAUUAAACAAGGGUAUUGGAUGGCAUUUGACAGCUCAUGUCACUUUGACAGAGGGAGUAUUCCUAACCUUCUUCUCUGUUCAAAUUACAAGAGCUUUUAAGUUGAAUUCGAGGUGUUGAUUCGGUAUGAUAAUUGUUUUGUAGCUUCGCAAUGGCGUGUUUUUGGUUCAGCCAAAACGACACCCGAAUUGAAAUACCCAACACGGAGGAAAUUAACAAUAUUACUUAUUACAAAAUUGUUGUCACUGUCGGAGAGAUUAAAUGGCACGUCCUUCAUCGCUACAGCGAGUUUUUCGAUUUACAUAAUCAGCUGGUUACUGAUCAUGGAGUCUCAAAGGACAUUUUGCCCUCAAAGAAAGUUAUCAGGAACAAGUGCCCCGUUUUUAUCGAAAAUCGAAGGAAAGGCCUCGAAGAGUAUUGCCAGAAAAUUCUGAGCUACUUGAAGCGCACUAUGCCGAGGAUAUUCAUCGAAUUUUUCAAUUUUCACAUUUACGAUAUCUUUUUUCUGCUCCAAAAUUUGGCCUUGAGGUUCUUUCUGGAAGGAGAUAUUUUAUUAUCUUCAAGUAAAAGUUACACACUUACGCCGUUAGAACUUCAUGCUGUAAGCGAAUGUUUGAAAAAACCGUUUCCGCCCAUUGAAAACACUGAUAGUAGAUACGACUUUACCCAUGUUUUGGACCUCUAUUCACAGUUAAAGGUGCUAACAAUUAAUGGAAGUGGCACUCCGUAUCUUAACAGUAAUAUUAUUCCAAACCAACUACCGUUUGAAUUAGCUUCGUUUAAGGAAUUGACGUCGUUAGUUCUAGUCAAAGUGUCUUUGGAUAAAAUCACCUCUCUAGGCAACUUACGUAGUACCUUGCAAAAACUUUAUGUCCAUAACACAAAUAUGAGUAAUAUUAGUCAAAUCUUACAAUGUGAUGUUUUACAUAAGUGCACUCUAGACACGAACCAAAUUUGGACCAAUGUUACUGUAGUAAACCUGACAAAUAAUAAUUUAAUAGAGAUAGAUAAAACGAUAAGUCUAGUGCCUAACUUGAAGACAUUAAUUUUAGAUUCAAAUAAAAUAUCGUGUAUUUCGGGCCUGGCCGAAUUAUCGAAUCUAUCACAUUUAAGUUUAUCAAAUAACUUAAUUUCGAUGUGUAACCAGCUACAUACAAAAAUUGGAAACAUAUUAACUUUAAAUUUAUCCCAAAAUAGUAUUUCUUCGUUAAAGGGUUUUCGGAAACUGUACUCUUUAGUGACUUUAGAUUUAAGUUGCAAUAAAAUCGACGAUAUCGACGAGAUUACUUAUUUAGGGGAUUUACCAUGUUUAGAAAAUUUGGUCUUAACAGGUAAUUGCGUAGCUACCACAAUUGAUUAUAGGAUUAAGGUGCUAGAACACUUCAAAGACAGAGCCAAAGAUAUUUGUUUAGAUAAUGAAAAGCCGACUCAGAGUGAAUUGGACAAGGUUUCCGUUCUGCGUGCCCUGAGGAUCGUCAAGGAGGGAAAAGCGCCAGACUUGACAAACUAUGCCUACAUUUAACCAAAAUUUGGUUCAAUUAUCAUACUCUGUAAUUGGUAUUUUAUAUUUUUAUGUGUACAAUAAAUGGAAUAAACACGA